GUUUUUUGGACAAGGUUCUACACCAUUUAGUGGAUCUCAUAACUAUAUACAUAAAUAUAAUACAUACGCAUUCUAAUAGCUAAAACCUCCCAUUGGAAGUGCUUUAAACAUGUGUGUCAGUUUGUCAUUGAUUGACAUCAAGAUCUUGAACUUGGAUUAUAUUUAUAAAGUCUUCAACUUUUGUAUACACCCUGAGUAAUUAGUGUAAUGGUUGAUAAUGAUAAAGUUUUAAUUAGGCCUAGUAAAAAAACCGCAAUCAAAAAUCUGAAUUGAAAUACCAUAAACUGGAUCCAAACUCUCAUAUAUCCAAUGAUUCAUAUAUUUAUAUAUUCAUUAUAACCGAAAAUUAAAUGGAUUUUGAAUAUAUAAAAAUAUUAAUUCUAUUUAACAUAACCAUAUAUAUAAUUUAAAAUUCUAUUAAAAGUAUUUGAAAAAAUAUAAUUGAAAACUAUAUGAAUUGCCCAAAAUUCACCGAACAAAUCUGGAUAUUUAAAAUAAUUUUAAUUUUUUAUCUGGAUCAUCUUAAUUAUUGGAUAGUUUAUCUAAAUUAUCUAACAAUUUUCGAAUUAUCUAAAUUAAUCGAACCAAAGGGUUUUUUGGUCAUAGCCAUAUAAGCUGACCCGGUCUGAAUCCGGAUACCCGGUUACAGAGUCAUUAUGCAAAUAUCUUUUUUGCCGAGGGAAAGAAAAAUAGACAGAAGAAACCCAUGAGCUUCUUCUGAAAGAACAAAAAGACUGACGGCAACGUUUAGGAACCCUAAAAUUUCAGGGAAGACGAUUACUACUCGAAUCAAAUCAAGAGAGAGAGCUAGCGUCAAUGGAGAAGCUCUUCUAUAAGUCCCAACGGCGGUUGGGUGCCUAUUCUAGUUCUUCAGUUCGAGAGGGAGGAAAAGACUUGAUAAGCUCAUUACCUGAACCGUUGUUAGUUCACAUACUCAGCUUUCUCACCACUGAACAUGCGGUUUGGACAAGUGUUUUGUCUUCUCGAUGGAGACAUCUCUGGAAGUGGGUUCCUAGGUUAGAACUAGACAGCUUUGAUUUCACUAAUGACAAGGUCUGUGUUGAUUUCAUCGACAAGUUUCUAGCUUUACAAGGCAAGUACUACUUGCGUGAGUUCAAGUUAACCAUUGACCACGAUGAAUUUGAUCGUGACAGUGAGGUUUCACUUUACGAGCCGUGUCUCGGCAGAGUGGAUAUGCGGAAGCUCGAACGUUUCCAAGUCCAGAAUCGGUUUGGACGUGGUGCCUUUGAUGACUUCCGGACACGCCUAACCCUUUCUGCGUGCGAAGCAUUGGUCUGCUUGAAGCUACAUUUCGUUAGUCUGAACGAGUUCGAGUCUCUUUCCUUGCCCUGUCUCAAGAUCAUGUUCUUGGAGGACGUUGUUCUGCCUAGCGACGCGGCUGCUGAGGCUCUGAUCUCCUCCUCUCCGGUGCUAGAAGUCUUGAAGAUAUGCCUCAGUAGAGAUGAUUUUGUGGUGGCUUUACGUGUCUGCUCACCGUCGCUUAAGAGCUUCACUCUAAAACGAGUGGAACCUAUUUAUCCUCAUGGACAUUCUGUUUUGAUUGAUGCCCCGAAACUCGAGUAUCUGAGUCUCGUGGAUUACUACCAUUUCAGAAGCUUUGAGAUAAUCAGUAAGGCUGAGUCUUUCAAGGUUGAUGUCGAUGUUGAGUUUGAGCUGCUGACUGAUUACUUGGCUGAAAAUAAGAUCGUCUACAAUCUUCUCGACAACUUUUCAGGUGUUAAAGAUAUGACCAUGUCAUGGAAAACUCUGCAGUUUAUAUAUAGUUCCCAUGAGACAAACCCACUCCCUAAAUUUCAUGGCUUGACUCGUCUGCGUGCCACUAUGCGCUUAAACGCAUCCCCUGAACUAUUGCCAGUCGUUCUUGAGAGCUGCCCCAAUCUGAAACACUUGACAUUGGAAUUGUUUUUUGAUUAUCCAAUCAGAUGGCUGUCUGAACUCUCCACUCUGCUGCCUAGUUGUUUGGUGUCGUCUCUUGAAUCUGUUGAAAUGGAAAGCCCGGUCACCGAGGUGGCUGUUGAACUGGAUUUGGCUAGAUACUUUAUGAAGAACUCGACUACACUCAACAAGCUCGUGCUACGUUUGGAUCAGUCGAGUGGAGAACAACACAAGCCUGGUGUCUUGGAACAACUCAAGAAAUAUUCAAGGCGCUAUGGUUUGUCUCAGUUCGAAGUUCUUCCAGUGGUUCUAACUCCGAAUCCAUUGCCUCCGGGACUGGUGGUGAAUCGCUUGUAGCUGCAAGUACGGCUAUGAAGCUUUCACAUAGGUUUUUUUGGCUCGAGAAGAACAAUAUGUGGUAUGAGGUUCGUCCUAGUCAAAGGUUCUAAACUUAAUAUGUGGCUAAGUCUGGACUAUAAGUGUGGCCAGGAAACACCUAGUAAAUAUCAAAAGAUCACUUCAUCUUCUGCUCAGUGAAGAGGACACGAGGAUCGUACUUGCGGGAACUCAAGCUUCUCAAGAAGUCCCUUGCUAUACUCUUCACUGACCCAGGCCCAUUUGAGCAUAGUCAUACAAGCUGACCCGGUCUUAAUCCGGAUAACCCGAUUAUUCAUUUUAUUUUUCCAAAGAGGGAAAGAAAGAAAAACAGAAGAGCUUCUAAUAAAAA